AUGGAAACUACUGGGCUCAAGUCUGUUCCAUCACUCACCCUCCGCGCAACAUCGCGGCCUGAUGAUCGCACGAACCAGGUUUCCCAAUCGCCACAGGACCUCGCCUCUUGCGGCGCCGCGCUCCACCUUGAAGACUCAUCUGCGUCAACCCACAAGGACGUAGGUGAACCUCAAUUUUCUCACCGCACUUCUACGUCUCCCAUCUCACACUCUGCACCACCUCGAGCACCGCGACUGGGCUCUGUUCCUUAUGACAGGAUGGCGAGCCUACUUGAAGUCGACCACUUUCGACUGCCCUCUCCGGAGACAGAUACAUCACGUCGUUCAACGGGAGACACUAGCAUCACAGAACCGUUUGAUUCCUCCCCGGUCUUGAGCAUCAAACCAUUCAGACCCCAGAGCCCUGUUCAGAGUCGUAAAAGAAAAAUUCCCUACUCAGCCCGAGCUGCCCGGGCUGCGCACAAAGCCGCGAGAGUCGGAAGCAAGGAGAAUUCAGUACGAGUUCCAAGGCGAAUGAGUCCUGCCAAUACGACCCAACUUCAAUCUCCCAUCUCGGUGGAUGGGGACAUGAGUCGAGUUUGGCAAGACUUGGACGGCAACAAGACCAUCGGCGACGUCGAGAGUGAUACAGACGCGCAGCCCAGAAAGAUCGCCCAUAUCAAGAACGGGGUCGUGGACAUCGAGUUCAGUAACGAUGAAUCCAUGGAUUGCGAAGGUAAGGAGAGCCCGUCCGACUCUUCGCCGCAGACACGAGAGAUACGAGAGACGCGGGAAUUGCGUAUACCUUCAGGCUGGACGCCAAUCAACCGCGAUCGCAACGUCGCUUGGGAGAGCAGCACCGCAAGUUCUGGCGCCAUCAACCCCUUCAAGGAGAAGGUAUCCAGAAAGAAGCCCGACAGAGUGGGGGGCGGCAUCGUCUGGUCGACCCUCAUCGACCCCCUCUGGCGGCACGAUGCCAGCCUCAACAUGCUGGCUGGACGUAGGAAGAAGGCGCAGGCGCGUGCGGAAGAGCGCCAGAGGAUGUUGGAUCUGGCUCGAGUUCAGGGACUGCCGGUGGCGAAGAAGCGCCGAGUCGAGCCAAGCCCUGCCUCCAAGAGGAAGAGGGAUGCUGUUGGCGGGUCCGAAGCAACGACAGAGAGUGAUGAGGGCCACAUCAUGCCAAUGGAAUGCGACUACUGA